GUUUGCCUUUCUUUUCCCUUCAAACUCAACAAAUAUAAAAACCCAAACCCAAACAAAUUCUCUAUUAUAUAUGUUGCUGGAACCAGGUGCUGCUGAUUGGUGCCCUGCCCCUUAACCAACACCCACCACACACUGAGAAAAUGGCUAGCAAGCAGCCGCCAACAGCCAGCGAGCUGGCGUACCUGGCCGAGCUGAAGACGCGACUGCGCGAGUUGCGCGAGCGUCAGGCCGCCUUCAUGGAGCACACCGCCGACAUGCUCAUCCGUAUGAGCUCCACGGCUGUGGGUGAGGCCUUCCUGGGUCCACCCAGGCAAGGCACUUCCAGCACGAAUUCGGGCCACGUUAAUAUCAAAAGGCUAAUACAACGCUUCGAGGAUCUGCGCAAGAUCGCCACAUCGCAGCAGUUGAGCAGUGUGCAUGAGGUGCCCGAGGUGCCCGAGGAGCUGAUGAAUGUGGAUGUGCGGCGACUGCUCAAGCGCUAUGAAAAGUUCAUCGAAGAGGCCAAUGUGCUGCAGCAGUCGUGGUUCCGUCUGAAGCAGUCCACGGCAAGUUCUGCGGAUCUAACCGAGUGCGAAAAGCUGUCCAUGGUGAGCAAACAGAGCUCCAAGGAGUCCAGCGAUUCGACCUCAAAGGGGAUCAAUGAUUCGGCUUCCAAGGUGUUCAAUGAUUCGGCUUUCAAAGGUGUCCAGCGAUUCGGCCUCAAAGGUGUCCAGCGAUUCGGCCUCAAAGGGGUCCAGCGAUUCGGCCUUAAAGUACCCGCCUCCAAUGAUUCGCAGUUUGAUGCUGAGCAACUUUUGGAAGUGGUAAAUACGCAAAGGAAUUGCAGCAAGCAAAAGUAUGGACGCGCCCGUUGGGGUGCUCUGCUGCAGAUGAUGCUGCGCCUGAGUCCGUUCAACACUUGCGGCAAGAGGGGCAAGUGCAAAAAGCUAUCAGCCAGCAGCAGUUCAUCCAUAAUGCUGCUCAAGACAAACCCAUAGAUCGCCCCCUACCCACCGCACAUGCCACACACACACACACACGAAAUAAUCCCAUUGAAAAUCCCAUUGAAAAUCCCAUUGAAAAUAAUCCAAUAAAAUUCUCCAUAGCCAGAGACAGAGAGAUGCAAAUGCAUAA